UUUAUUGCUAGUUGCGCUCACUUAUCAGUUAAGUUUCUACUAAAAUAUUCUUACUAAGAGUUUACAAAACAACGACCUUUAUUCUAUAUAUUGAAUAAUUAACCUUAUCUAAAAAGAAUUUUUUAGUCUUAGCAUUAAUAACAUUGUUGCGUUCGAUCAAUUGUACUACGACUGAUUUAUUAUUGAUGAAAUUUUAGCCAAACGCCCUGUCCAUGUGCAAACAAUGAAAUAUGUGUCAUCGGUAAAACUUGAUGAGGAAGAGGUGGUGUUUGUUGCGGCAGCGGAAAAGGAGGAGCUGUGAAGGUCCGUUCUCUUUAAAAGAAAUAUUAUAAUUAUAAUUCGCACAACGCAGUCUUGGUCAUACUUCGAUCGUACCGGUUCUCGCAAACACGUUGCUAAUCACGUAACUUAACCAUUAAAAAAUAAGUGCCUAAUUAAAAAAAUAUUUGAAAUGGAAAUCCGAAUUAUUUUCAUCAUCACUUUAGCGAUAAUUGCAAUGGCGGUGACUUUAACAGAAACAGCCAUUACCAAACAAAUGAAAAACAAACGCUUACAACCAGCACAAAGCAUAUCUCAAAGGAAAACUCAACAACCAUCUAAGCAAAAGCAGGUACCACAAACCUCGAAACCUAAAAUUCCACAGCAAAAUCAACGACAGCCUCAGUCUAAACCUCAUGGAGGUCCGACAAGAAUAGAAGGACCCGGAUAUGGACAAAGACAAACACAAUACCCGUACUACAACAACCGUCAAUAUCCUCCGGUCGUGACGUCAAGGCCCAAGUUUGAAACGACUACAAACGACCGAGCUCUUAUUAACGCACCUUUCAGAACAAUGUGUCCUGCUGGUCAACGAAUGGAUCCCGAUAGAAAUUGCAUCACGGUGUUCAGAGAUCCAGAAACUGAAAGAUAGGCACUUCGUUUGGCAGUUAAUAUGCACAUUCAAAAGUAAAAGUAUGAUAGCAUUUAUAAAUGAUUAUUAUACUAAAAAUAAUUUAAAGGUCUCAAUAAUUAUAAGUAUUUAAAUGCAAUCAAUGUUAUUUAUUCUGAAAAUGUCAACAUACAUCAAAAGUCAUAUCACAUCAAAAUGAACCAAACAGUAACAUGCUUUUUGUUAAAAAUUCUUGAAGUUUUUCAACAGUAAAUAUAAUCAUCAUAUAGUCUAUAAUCUACAGAAAUUUAAAUAAUCCAUUUACAUUUAGUUCAAUAAUUAAUGGACUAUAAAUGUCAUUCUAAUAAGAUUAAUAUACAAACAAGCGGUGAACAUGUGUUGAUCAUUGAAUCCAAAACCUACCAAUAAGUUAUACUAUAUAAAAAAAUUCUAUCUAGACUAAAUUUGGAUCUAAUAUAAAAAUUAGUAAAUUCUAAACCCAUAAAAUCUUUUGUAGACGUUAGGAGUUUUGAAAAUUAAUAAAUUCUCACAAUUUUUGAAAAUUGUUUGGAAUAUAUCUUUUUCAAAUAACUAUAUGCUCUUCCUUAAACUAGUGGCCAUGGUUCAUACUUUAUACAGUAUGAUUUAUUAAGUAUACUACACACCAUUGUUUCUUUAAAUAAUUCAUUUUUUCAUAAAAAUGUAUUGAUUAAAAUUUAAUUUAUUUUUAUAAACCAUUGUAAAUACCUAAAUACCUAAGUUGUUAUAAGAAUAAAAUAUUCCUAAGGGUAGAAUUUAGAGGUAAUUUUUAAAAGUUAAACAGGAAACUAAUAUUAUUUUUCUACUAUUAUAAGAAGAAUAAUCUAGAUAUAAUGUUGACAGGUCGGUAAUCAGUAUUAUUACUUUUUGAAAUAUUAGCAUUUGAGAAUUUAUAAAAAGCGGUUUAGUGUUUAGUGACAAUCUACUUUAAUAUACGUAAAUAUAAAAACUCUUAUACGUUUACACCCCGCUCACAUAUAACUAAAAACUAUAACAACUCAAAAAGUAAUAACAUAAUACUGGUUAUCAACUUGCCAACAUUUUAUUCUUAAUAAUCAUAAUCUUUAAAAAAUUAAUACUAAUUAAAAUACUACAAUAUAAAAGUAAAAUACUCUAACUUCUUAUUUAGCAAUUUUUUUAAUUAUUCAUUUAUUGAUGAAAAAAUGUUCAACGUAAGUUUUUUGAAAUAGAUGAUCGAAGAUCUAGUCCUUCGAAUUCAGUAUAUAAAAACCUGCAAUUUCACUCUUUGUUUCUAUUUUUCAUACAAAUUUAUUGAUAAUAUAUACAUUUUUAAGCCACGGGCAUAUUUAGUAUUACUACAUUAAUUUGUGUUAAAUAUAACCAUAUGCAUCGACAAAGAUAAUUUAUUGUAUUAAUCUUUACAGACU